AUGUCUGUCCACGCGUCCUGGCUACCAGUGCCGCUGCUGGUGUGGGGACUAGUGUGUACCUCAGUGCGCACUGCCCCGUUCGCGGGUAGGCAGACCGACACUCCAGAGCGCCAUUGGGAAACGCUCUACUCUCGCUCACUGGCUCGAAACCCAUGGGAAAAAAGAGAAAUCAACCGAGACGGUGACUAUCUUACAGGCAUCAAAAGACUUCGGCGUCUAUACUGCAAUGUCGGCAUUGGGUUUCAUAUUCAAGUUUUACCAGACGGAAAGAUAACUGGAAUACAUAACGAAAACAGAUACAGUCUCCUUGAGAUAUCACCUGUGGAGAGAGGGGUUGUGACGCUCUUUGGCGUCCGAAGUGGUAUGUUUCUGGCCAUGAACAGCAAAGGGAAGCUGUAUGGAUCUGGUCAUUACAAUGAUGAGUGCAAGUUCAAGGAGAAUCUCUUGGCAAAUAACUACAAUGCUUAUGAGUCAGCAGCUCACCCAGGGAUGUAUAUUGGACUGAGUAAGACUGGCAAAACCAAAAAAGGAAAUCGAGUUACACCAGCUAUGACAGUGACACACUUCUUACCAAGGAUCUGAAUGACUCCAAUGAGACUGUACCUUCAACAAGGGUAGAGGAGAGAGACUGGAAACAAUGCACUUUCAAAUGUUUUUCUAGAGAGAUAUUUAAGUUAUUUAUUUAUGAUUCCUGAGAAUGUUUAUAUUUUGGGAAAGUGGAGUAAUGUAGAAAGAGGGGAUGAAUAAUGACAAUUGUUUUGU